AUGCCGCCAUUGAUCUUUGCGCUUGUUGGCAAGACGGGACACGGCAAGAGCAUGACAGCCAACUCACUGUCAGCCUCAGACCAUUUCUUGGCCGAUGAUGGUUUCGAAUCGGUCACAAGAGACAUCAGCUCUCUGCUGUAUACAGUUGAGAGUGGGCAGCAGUUUCUGUGCUUGGAUAUGCCGGAUGUUUGUGAUACGAGGUUGGCUUUGCCAGAGCGGGACACCAGGAUGUCGAAGUUGGCACUCAAGGCGCCAUAUGGCCUUGAUGCGCUGGCCUUCAUCAUCCGCAAGGUCCGCAUGACAGAGGAGGAGUUCACAUCCAUAUCACAGAUGGAGGCGCUCUUCGGUUCGGAUGUCUGGAAGCAUGCCAUCUUUGUGUUUACACACUGCGCAGCCACUUCAGCAAAGUUGGAGGCAGACCUGGCAAAGCUGGGAGAAGAGCACAUCCUAAACAAGGCCAUUCAGAAGGCCAACGGUAGAGCGUGA